AUAUCCCAGAAGUCCAUCUGCCGAAUUCCCGGAUUGGUCAGCAAGUUGGAAAAGACACCAUCCUUGAUUGCGAAGUCUCGGCCUCGCCGCUUGGUUACGUCGUGUGGAGGCACAAUUCAGAGAGCGGCCUGUCCAACAGUGAGUCGCACGAGGUGCACCUAUACAACAACAACAACCCUGAUGACAGCAUCACUCUCAGCCUCAGGAUUCUCCGGGUACAACCUGAAGACUUCGGCUUUUAUCAGUGUGUAGCCACCAACUCUAUUGGCACCACUGUCAGAACAAUGGAGCUUUUCGAACUGGUGUCUAAGACAUCGCCCAGCAGCAGCACCUCGACAACGAGUGUCUAUAAACACAUCUGGACCAACAGCGAGAAUGGGCACGAGAUCAUCGAGAUCGAGAACAACGGUCGAGUCACUUCACAUCAAUCAUAUCUCAAUCAGAAUGUACCUGACGGACAGUCCUCCCACAAGGGAUCCGUUAUGUCCGAGUAUCAAGGCACUAAGUCUGCAAACAGUGGAUCCCAGCAUUCAG